AUGCAAUCAACUUCACGCGCCAGCCCAGGACCAGAAACACCAGAGUCGUCAUUCGAGGACGAAGAGAGAUACACAGCUUGUAGCAGAGCCAAUAGUCUCAGCCUAGCAUAUGCACCAGGGUCCCCAUCAUCAACCCCCGCAGAUGAUUCCCUACAAAAUUGGAGGGAUCAUGUUCAAGAAAUGCCAUUCAUUCCUGAUCCACGGCCGCGAACUCUUACGCCACUUGGAUUUCGCGACGAUGAGCUAGUCGAUGGAGCCCAAAAGCCGGCAAAGCCCCUGGCACUGUAUCAAUCAUCGCCUUGGUUCAAAGUUCCUCCUAAUAUUCGGCGUGAUAUCUUGCGCUUGGCGUUUGGAGACCGACGUGUACACAUGAGCUUAGCUUAUCGACGCUAUUAUGAUCGUGGUUCAGAAGGUACAAAGACAAUCGGAGAAUGGUGGUGGUUCAGCUGCGUUUGCAGUCGACCCAUGCUACCAGGCCAGAUUCUAGCUCCUGCGACCGAUGAAGUAGGUAAUUUGGGCCCUUGGACUGACAAUUGCAAAUCUGGUAAUUCCGUACGACAGAAGGUGGGCGCUAUUGGAUGGCUUCUCUCCUGUCGUCAGAAUUAUGCUGAAGGAAUUGACGUUCUAUAUUCAACUAAUGCCAUUAUUAUGACUGGUCAGGCCAUGAUAUCUCACAUCGCGAAACUUCUUCUUCCUCAAAGACUUGCUUCUAUGACUUCUAUUGAGGUCAGAUGGCCUUUGCUGCCAGAACCGCCCAGCAAGUUUGGAACCGUUGCCGAUUCCGUAUUUGAUGAUUUCAUACAACUUCUUCCCGACUCGUUGGAUUUGGAUGAGAUCAGUAUUAUUCUAGAUAUCUUGUCGCCCGCACAGUUCCCAUCACUACGGAAACUUUGCAUUUCAUUCGAGAAAUUAGAGCAGUGGUACGACUCUUCGCUAAGUACGGUAUAUGAGUCUAUACUCCAGAGGCUACGAUUUUUUGUCAAAGCGCGGCCGAAGCCACUUGUUGAGUGCAUUUUCGCAUUCCCAGAAGAUUUCUACGGGAGAAUUACGAGCUCUGGGCUGAACGGUAUUGCAUCACAACCUUUCAGUCAAGUUUGGGACGACCUGGAUGGAAAUCUCCACAUGACAAGGAUUCCGUUUAGAGACAGCUAUCCAAAGCCCCCAUUUCACUUGGAAAAGGGACAGGGGGUGGGUUUCUGGAUUGUGAAAACACAUGAUCGAUCAACGUCAAUUAAUUCACCUUCUUGGAGCCCAGUAUCAGCAGAUUGGGAUAGCUAUUCCCCCUAG